CCCAUGGAAAAUGGAAAGCCAAGACACGUUACAUGCAUCUGAGACUCUCCGUUCUACGCUCUUGAUUGUUACAAAAUCCGUUAUGUGUGGAUCCAAUCCAUGUGUCGCUAAUUUAGAAAAUUUUCCCCCAUGCAUUAAUGUUUAUUUUAUUGCUCUCCUCAUAAUGUUCAUCUUAAAAUCUCAUAAAUUCCAGCCUUUUCGUGUUAUUGGUUCAUCAUUAAUUCAACAUCAUGGCCAUUUUUAACCCGUUUUCUUUUACCUAUAUUCUCCAAUCGAAUUGAAACGUGAAGGCCCUUCUAUUUGUAUUCUUUUGAUCCCUUAGUGUGUGAUUGUGGGCUUGUUUUGCUGUGAUUUUGGAAACGUUUUUGUGGGUGACCAAGAAUAAAUAUGGGUAUGAUAAGCACUGUAAUGGGAUUUUUGGGGUUCGGGGUAGGUACCGUAUUUGGGCUUGUGAUUGGUUAUUUCCUCUUCAUCUACUUGCAGCCAACUGAUGUUAAGGAUCCUGAUAUCCGUCCAUUAACUGAGCAAGAUUCUGACAUUCUUCAAAAACUGCUCCCAGAAAUACCCCUUUGGAUUAAAAAUCCAGAUUAUGAUCGGAUUGAUUGGCUGAACAAAUUUGUAGAAUUAAUGUGGCCAUAUUUAAAUAAGGCAAUUUGCAAGACGGUAAAGCAAAUAGCAGAGCCAAUCAUAGCUGAGCAAAUUCCUAAAUACAAAAUUGAUUCAGUGGAAUUUGAAGUAUUAACUUUGGGCUCCUUACCACCUACUUUUCAAGGAAUAAAAGUGUACUCCACUGAGGAGAAGGAGUUGAUAAUGGAACUAGCCCUGAAGUGGGCAUCUAAUCCUAACAUACUUGUCGCUGCUAAGGCAUUUGGGUUGCAAGCUACUGUCCAGGUGCUUGACUUGCAAGUAUUUGCUUCUCCACGUAUCACAUUAAAGCCGCUUGUCCCGAGCUUUCCUUGUUUCGCUAACAUAUUUGUUUCUCUCAUGGAGAAGCCUCAUGUUGACUUUGGACUAAAGUUGCUAAAUGCAGAUGUUAUGUCCAUUCCAGGGCUAUAUAGGUUUGUUCAGCAAUUGAUUAAAGAUCAGGUCGCAAAUAUGUAUCUAUGGCCCAAAAGACUCGAGAUUCAAAUAAUGGAUUCUGCAAAAGCAAUGAAGAAACCAGUUGGGAUUCUUAACGUGAAAGUUGUCAGAGCCAUGAAGCUAAAGAAGAAAGAUCUUUUGGGAGCAUCGGAUCCUUAUGUAAAGCUAAAACUUAGUGAAGAGAAACUUCCAUCAAAGAAAACAACCGUCAAACACAAAAACUUGAACCCCGAAUGGAACGAGGAAUUUAAUUUCGUUGUCAAGGACCCUGAAGCUCAAGUUUUACAGUUUUCUGUCUACGACUGGGAACAGGUCGGAUCACAUGACAAAAUGGGCUUGAAUAUUGUCCCGCUAAAAGAUCUCACUCCAGAGGAGCCAAAAGUUUUGACUCUUCAACUUCUUAAAAAUCCGAACUCAGGUGAUGCUCAGAAUGAUAAGUCAAGAGGACAACUUGUACUCGAGGUCGAGUACAAACCUUUCGAUGAUAAUGAGGCACCGAAUGAUAAUGAAGAUUCAAAUAACAUGCAAAAGGCUCCCGAAGGAACACCUGAUGGUGGUGGUUUGCUCGUUGUUAUAGUCCAUGAAGGCCAAGAUCUUGAAGGGAAGCACCACACAAAUCCAUCAGUCCGCUUACUCUUCAGAGGGGAGGAGAAGAGAACUAAGCCUGUGAAGAAAAGCAGAGAUCCAAGGUGGGAGGAGGAGUUUCAGUUCACAUUAGAGGAGCCGCCCACUAACAACAGGAUUCAUGUUGAAGUAGUUAGUACUUCAUCAAGAAUGGGUCUACGACACCCAAAGGAAACUCUAGGCUACGUGGAUAUAUACCUCUCGGAUGUUGUCACCAACAAACGGAUCAACGAGAGGUACAACCUCAUCGACUCAAAGAAUGGUCGAAUCCAGAUUGAGAUGCAAUGGAGAACUGCAUAAAUAUUUGAGUUCAAAUAGAUAGUAGGCUUGAAUGCAUAAAAUUUGGGAUGGAUUUUCUUUCUUUUUCUUUUUCUGGGAUGCAAAUUGAAUGAAUUUAUGAUAUUGUACUUACAAAGAUAUCAACAAAGGAUUUGAAAACCCCAUCCCAAACAU